UCAUCUGGUCAUGUUUCCUGUCUGGUUUACCUGGGAGGGCUGACACAUAGUAGUAACUAUGUUGCUGUCAAUGCUCACUUGUUAGAAGGGGAAAUAAUCAUGUGCCCACCAGAUGUUUGAAACAAUAGCUCAGCAUCCUCAAGCCCUGGUCAUUUUAGUUGGGCUGAUGACACUUAUAAUCGAAAACAUCUGGAGAGCACCUGAUUUUCUAUCUUCCCUGUGUUACAAAUCAGCGAUUUCCUUUUUCCAGACAGAAGAGUCCAGACAAUAAGGGAAGCUCCUAUUUAUCACAUUGCAUAAUCAGCAGGUUUCCCUUGACAUUUCUUUGCUUUAUAGCUUUUUCUUGUUGACUUGUCAGAACCUUUUCGGCUAUGCUCUGUAUUUAUCACAUAAGCUGCAAGCACUGCUUUUCCCCCUUAAACAACCUUUAGAGUAAGGCAAAUAACUACUCUACAGAAAGAACCAGAAAAGGUUGCAAGCUACCAGCAGCAGGUAUGUGAAACUCAGCCAUACAUAUUUAUUACUUUAUGUAUAUUUCUCACAAUGAUUACUUAUAGGAACUAGAACCUUGCGGUGGAAGCCAGGGAUUCUGAGGGCUGAUUGGCAAUAUAAAACCCUUUAAUUCUGCCUUUCAGUUAUGGUGAAGCUCAUUCUAUAAAGUUACUUUUUCCUAUACAGUAGUGAAAACAGUUUCUAAAAACAGAACUGGGACGUAUAAUUUUUUUUUCCAUUUAAAAUAUUUGUUCUGAUCUCCAAGCCAAUUAUUCAGCUUGGGAUCUGGAAAUCAUUGUGUGUUUAGAACUAAGGGUUUAUGUGCAUUUUCUCUAUAAUCUCUUUGCUUUUGUUAAGCAACGUAUUUUCUCCAAUGCAAAUUCAUUAAACAAAGUAGCUCUUUAUACUCUGGUAGAUGGUACUAAGACGAGGAAUGCAGCACUGCUGCAUAAGGAGCACCAUAGACCUAUUUCUGGUUAAUAAAGUAGCUAAUGCAAUUUUCCAUGAGGAACAGAGACAUUUACACUCAGUAUAAGUUGUGUUUUUACAACUGCUGCUGCCAAGGAAGCAUCUUAAACCUUUCCUUUAUCAGUAAGUACAAAAAUUUAUUAUUAGACAUCUGCAUUUUAUGGCAUCUAAAUAUUGUUAAAACAUGGAAUUUCAGUAUUUUUGUACAUUUGUGUGCUGCUGGCAUUUAAUGGAAAAAAAACCCUACUCUGUUAUUCUGGGAUCAUGCUGGAUUUAAUUUUUAAAGCUGCAGAUACUAACACUCCAGAGUGCUCUUAAGCACCAACAGCAAACCAUGAGUUAAAUGGUAUCAUUCAGGGCUGACUUUUCUCCCUAUCACAGCUGAUGAGCAGAUGAAGCUGGAUCUAUCACAUUGUGGCAGAAAAUAAGACACAAGGGAUGCAAGAAUUUAAAACAAAGGAAUUCCCAACAAAACAUAUCAAAUUUACUGUCUUGCAGAAGCAAUUUUAACCAUAUUGUUAAUGCACAAUGUUCUCAUUCAGUAUAAGUCACUGACACCAAGUAAACAAAGCCAGUAACUACCUACAAUAUUAUGGCUUGGAAAACAGUGAAGCUAAUUUAAUUGGUAAGUUUAAUAUGAAAUAAUAAAUAAUACAGGAAUGACAGAAUAUACUAUCUUAACAUUGACUAAAAAAUUAUUAUUAUUCCCCUUCCAUUACUAGAACCCCCAUUUUCACUCUUCAAAGCCCACAAUAUCCAAAUUGGAAUAAAACUGAAAGUAGAACUGUUUUUAAUUUUUAUUUAAUGGGAAAUGUUUAGAAAGCUUUAAGAAACAAAGCUGUUCAUAAGAGUGUUUAAUUAAAAUCUGUCAUUGGAUACCUAAUAUUGUAUAUGUUAAAGUAAACAUUAAGUGGAAUAUUGGCUUUAAUAUGACAGGGGUUGCGUUUGUUUGAAAUUAUGUUUCAUUUUCGUCUUACUGUACAUUGCCAUGAAUAUGUAUGCAGGAUUGCAGUGUAAAGAUAUAGUACAUAAAUAAAUAUCAAUUUUUGUCCAGUACUGAGUUGACUAAGAAUUUAAGGAGAUCACCAUUUUUGCAGAAGUGCCUGACAUCAUGAGCCAACUGAGCACAUUUAAAUCUCAAAUAUAUAACUAGGAAGUUAUAGAUAUGAUUGGCUAUUCUGCUUAGUAUUAGCAACAGUUUAAUUCUACUUUGGAUGGACUGUGUCCUAAGUUUUCAGGAACUAUUUCCCUUGUCUUUAAGAUAAACUUCUCUUUACUAGAAGUGUUUAAUAUGAAGCAAAUUAGAAGAUGAAUUGAUUUUAAAGUUAUAGGAACACGAGUUUUAAAUCUUGGACAUCUACAAAAAUAGCUUGAUCUCUGUUCUUCUGAAAACAGCAAUAAUAGAAUAAAGGCCUCUGUAAAUGCAUAGUUACUUACUAAAUUAAAAUAAUGGAAGUAGGAAAAGACUGUAUUAACUCCAGCCUGAAUAUUCCUUAAAAAAAUUGAGAAGUUAUAUUGAUGUAAGUUUCUAUUCAAAUCACUUGGAAAUUCAAGUCCUAUACUGCUUAUAUGACUAGAAUUACAUUUUUUAAAAACUACCUCAUAUUACCAAAUGGAUUGGAAGCUUCUAAGCUGGCUAAUAAGGGCACAAGCCGAUCCUUGAUUUUUGGUAUGGAACGUAUCUCAAUUUUGCAUCUUACCAUUUCAUUUACAGUUUCUGCCACUGUGGCUUAUUAUCAGCAGCUCCUUGUGCUCAGUUGCUCUCACACACUACUCAUUUAUAAUCAUUCCUCUCCAAGUGCCCUGUGUUCAUCUGCUCAGUCCUUUUGUAGCCUUCUCAUCUGCUGCAGGGUCACGUUUAGCAAUUCAUUCAGUUAGCGGUUAUUUCAUAUGCAAGCACUCUUCUUUGCUCACUUCUGCCUUUGCCCCUGCCACUCUCCCCCCUCCUCCUAUCAUAUACAGACAACUACAGCCUUGGCUAGGGAGCCGUCAGACAGAAAAACAGGAAAGAAACAAGCAGACAAAAGGUGACGGCAAACCUCAUCAUGGUAUCAGCUGCUCUGCAGUUUUUUGCUUUCAUCCUAGCCUUGUUUGGGGUUUUUGGUGCGAUCGCAGCCACCCUGUUGCCCAACUGGAAGGUGAAUGCAGACACGGGCUCAAACAUAAUAACAGCCAUCACUCAGAUGCAAGGGCUCUGGAUGGACUGCACAUGGUACAGUACUGGGAUGUUCAGCUGCACGUUGAAAUAUUCAAUCCUCUCUCUGCCUGUUUACAUCCAGGCAGCAAGGACCACCAUGAUUUUGUCCUGCAUUCUCUCCAUUUUGGGGAUCUGCAUCACUACAGUGGGGAUGAAGUGUACCCUCCUGGGAGGGGACAGAGACACCAAAAACCACACGUCAGUUGCCGGAGGAAUCUUCUUUAUUUUGGCAGGAAUAUCUGGCUUGAUACCAACAGCCUGGUACACAAGAGAGAUUAUUUCAAAAUUUCUGGACCCAACUAUCCCAGAAAGCGGUAAGCAUGAGCCAGGAGGAGCGGUUUACAUUGGAUUUAUUUCGGCUGGACUCCUGCUUGCUGCAGGUGCCAUCUUUGGCACUUCCUGUUUUAAGAAACGGCAGGGAGCGUGGAUUUAUCCUAACCAGCAGCAGGACCUGAGCCUAGCUGCCCGGCAAGCGGACCCAGGCUACAGCCUGAAGGACUACGUGUAAAUAGAGUGAUGGACCGGUUUGUCAAGGUUGUUUAUGGUAGUCUUGCUUUUAUAACAAGGCUGUUGAUGCAAGCCUUGUAAUUACAUUG